GGUCAGCUGUCAAAAGUUGACAACACAACACUGUCGUUCGGCUUCUGAAAAUUCUUCCGCCUGUGUUCUGUCGGCCACCUCAAAACAAAAAGCAAUUCCACCGCUAAACAGCCAUCGAACCCGCCACAAAAUAAGGAUCCGUGUUCCCCUCACUCGUCAAAAUGACUGACAGCGUGAAAGAAGAGCCGAACAAUAACAAAACCGAGGAAAAAGUGUCCGAAAUCGCGGCCUCCAGUAUACGUUCUGGCCUUGCUGAGUUGGAGAUGAGAACCUCGCAGACAUUGCAACGUCUGGAGAAUGUACGUCAUGUGCCGAAGGAGGACCCGGCAAACCCUACAGCCGCCGGCCCAGUGACGGAAGGCACAGCAUUGCUCCAUGGCGACCAGAAACCCCCAUCCGAAAUCCUGGAGUCGCUAGAGAAACUUAUUGCCUUUACCAACUCCGACGACGACCCGGAUUUCCCGCUGCCGGCACUUGACGACGUCUCACAUCUCGCUCUGAUCUCGCACAGCAUCGUUGCAUAUUUGAGUCAUUUGGAUAGACAACAAUUGGCACGAGUCACGGGACAAAUAUCGGGGGAUACUUCCCGCUGGCUGGGCAGUAUCUUCCGAUUCAUCGACUGCUCGGCAAGUUACCACACAGACAACGCGGAGGCGACUCUGCGUGCAGUUCGUCUGGCGAUUAUCUCGCGAUGUCCCGGCUAUUUGGAGGGCGGAAUUCCUGCUCUAGCGAAUCCCUGUCUUUAUAUCUCAGAGAACUCGACACCUAUAAGGCUGCAGUACGCUUGCCGACAGCUAGGAAUCCCUUUAGAGUGCAUAAAACUGAUCACUACGAACAUGCCCUUCGGAACGAUGGAUUUGUCGGUGCUACAAAAACAAAUUCAAGCUGACGUGGCGGCCAACAGAACGCCUCUGUUUGUAGUGGCCGACAUAGGUUCCUCGUUGUGUGGGAACGUCGACAACCUCACCCGCCUCCAGGAAAUUUGCCGGACAAAUAAUAUUUGGUUGCACGCUGCCGGUCAUGGACUAGCUGCACUGGCGGUUACUCAAGGGCCAGGCAACUUACGCUCGGCGGCUGACUCCAUUACAGUUAAUCUGGGCAGUUGGUUAGGCAUUCCCAGUCUCCCGAUUGUACUCCUUCAUAGGCAGAUGCAAAAUAUCACGCUGACGGUUUUCGACUCCGAUCCGAUUCUAUCACGCCGUCUGACGGCUCUCUCAUUGUGGACAACGUUACAAGCCUUGGGCAGAGAAACGAUUGCCGAGAAAAUUUUGUUAGCAUUCCAAACUUGCAGUAUUGUAUUCGAAAUAGCAUCGAAAUGUGAUGGAAUAAGAAUUCUGAGUCGUGCGCCUGGCGGACAAUCGGGAGUGCAUUUAAGUGAUCUUAUACAUAAGCCUGUAGACAUAAACGUUCUUUUUGAAACUGCCGUUCCCGUCGUAGUAUUCCAAUUCGAUGGAACGUCCGUGAAAGUGGAACAAGAAGUGGCAGCAUCGACUGGUGAUCAAAAUCAAGAUUUAACGCAAGCAAUGAUUAAUAAAUCAAUUGAAAAAGUAGCGAACGCAGCAUACUUUGACCGUUUGAAUUCAUGGCUUGGACAAAUCAUUCAGCGCGAUUGUAAUAAUUUCGACUUUGAAAUAAUUGAUCAUCAAAUCCACGGCACAUGCAUCCGGUUCUGUCCUCUAGAACUAGGUCUCGGUGAACACCCCCCAACGCCUGAUAAUUUAGAGAAUUUCGCACAUUGUUUGGAAGCGCAUGUAGACAUACUGCGAGCCACUGUUAAACAUAAGGCCACAUUCAAUAAACUAGUGGAAAAAAGUGAAGUGCUCAGAUUGGUUCCACUGCCCGAUUGGGCUGGCAUGGGAGGUGUUCGAUUUGUCCCCGAGGGCUGGGAGACGUUGCUCACAGAUCAAGCGAAAACCGAGUUGAAUAAACUCAAUACAGACCUGGUUGAUACCCUGCGAUCAACAGACAAUGCCUUUUCACUGGGCGAAGGUACAGAUGGUCUUAUUUGCGUUCGUUUUGGAAUGGUCACACACGACACGGACGUGGAAGAACUUCUCGAUCUUGUCAUUUCAGUUGGAAAGAGUGUACAAGAAAAUUCAAAAGUCUUGGAUACUAUGUCGGAAAUAGUGAAGAAGGGCAUCGAAACGGCAACUGCCGAUCUGCAACGCGAAUCUGAUGAGAAACUUUGGUCGGAAGGGUUGCUCAGACAUGUGCCGGUAGUCGGGCGUAUGGUUAACUGGUGGUCGCCGCCAAUAAAGGAGUCUGGUAUUAAAGGUAGAAGCCUAAAUCUAACGCAAGGUGUAGUCGAAAGCACAGAAAAUAUUUAUAAGUAUCACAUGCAAAUGACUGGUGCUCCUAAUCAACUGCCAGCUAAUAAGUCCCCGCCUACACCCAUGGUACAAACCCCAGUCGGCACAACAUCGUCAGCCGGACACUCACGGAAUGUUAGCCAGAGCAGCGCUGCUUCAGCUUCCGCUUCGGCAACUUCAGUACAGGAGACAUCCACGCAAAAGUAGGACAAUUAUAAAUUAUAAAAUUAAAAUUAUAAAUAUUAAAUAAGAUAAACUUGUUAUUGAACAUACAAUUCAAAUUGAAUAAAUUACAAAAAAAAAAAGAAGAGAAAACAACGUUAAUUAGCAAUUAAAACAGAAACGAAUAUAAUAGAAAGAAGAGUAGAUUGUACAUGUCGAUUUCCAAGAAAAGUUUACAUGCAUCGAGUUCCAAUGACUCAUUUCGUAAAAAAACUGAUCUUUUGCUACUAUCUCUAGUAUCAAUUUUUUAAAUCAUCUAAAUUGCGCGAUUUUUUAUCAUUCAUUCGAAACUAGAUUGAUUGCAUUCUCCUUCCGAUUGGUAAGAAUUUUUUUGUCAAUCUUCGUUAAUCGCUUCUAAACCCAUUAUAUUUUAUCCACGAGUGCUUCAAGCCCUGCUUUAUCCUUCUAAGUUAGUUAAUUUUUAUUCCCAUUAUUAUGUGUAUGUUUUAUGCAGUUUUUAGGUUAUUGGCUACCUAUAUAUGUGUAUCUAAUUUUAAUCUAAGCCGAAAUGGUAAUUUAGGAUUAUUUUCAUUCCAUUAAAGUUGUUAUGAACAGGUAGCACCAAGAGAGGACGGUACCACUGCAAUAUAGUACUAGUAUGGUUUUGUUUUACCUUAUCUGUAUUAAAAGUAUUUAUAUAUGUGUAUGCAGUGACCUUUAUCAAUGGAACUUUCCCUCUUUGUUGUUGAUUUCAAUUUCAGAACAUAAUUUGCUCUGUAGAAACUACCGUCUAAGUUAUGUAUACAAGUGAUAUGAAACUACCAAAUGGUUUACACAUUUAUCAUUCUUUUUUCUGAUCUAAAAGAAAUUUAUUGGUUCUUAUUUGAUUUUUGUUUCUGUUUUAUUUAUUUAUGAUCGAAUAAAAUUCAAACAAUCCAAACAGACGAAGAAAAUGUGGAAUGCACAAUAAUAUAAAUAAAUUUAAUUUAAUAA